AUGGCUGAACAUAAAGUGGACUGGAUGAGGUGGGCCUAUACCCUGGCCAGCCAGAAGUCCGGACCUAACCCCAUGGAUAUAUAUGUGUGGGGACACAUGAAGAGUCUCGUGAGAGAAACGUUCUAUCGCAAAGAAAUUGUUAAGAUCGUUUUCGAAUCUCUUGACAAGCAGCUAACUGCGAAUAUCACGGUUCUGACAGCUAUUUUACUGAUUGACAAGGCAUGGGGAGCUGUAACACCCAUAACGAUUCUCAACUGCUUCAAAAAAUCUGGUUUUUUAAAAGAAAAUUUUUCAAUACUUAUGGAUUAUGAAGAAUCAGCAGUAGAACCAUUAGUAGACAUCAGCGGUGUGAGUUUUUCUGACUUUGUUCAAGUGGAUGACGAUGUUGCUGUCUCAUGUGAACUGACCGAUGGCGAAAUUUUAUCUGCGACAGAUACGAAUGAAAAAAGCAACGAUGAAGACGAGGACGAUACAUCAGAACCUUUAACAGAGAUGUCAGUUAAGGAAGCAUGA